UAUUGUGUUGCGUGUGCCUAUCUACUACCCCGUGCUGAUAUUAGUUGCUCAUCCGGUGUGUCGUUCGGGGAGGCUGUGUAGUUCUUCCCUCCUUCCCACACCAGAUCUCACAUAUUUACCAAAGCAAACCAGAGACGCGCUUCACCAGAGCCUGACGUUUCCUGUUUGCGCGCAGUGGGAACAUCAUAUUUGAAACAUUUGUUUGACGGUAGUGGAGCAAGGAAAUAUUGUCGCAACGCUGCGCCGCACGAGC